AUGUCCAGGAAAGAGGCCAGGAAGAAGGUUGGGAAGGCAGCCCAAAAAGAAACAAAGAAGGAGGCCAGGAAGGAGGUCAAGAAGAAAGCCAGGAUGGAGGCCAGGAAGUUGGUUGGGAAGGAAACCCAAAAAGAAGUGAAGAAGAAGGCCAGGAAGAAGGUCAAGAAGAAAGCCAGGAUGGAGGCUACGAAGAAAGCCAGGAAGAAGGCCAAGAAGAUGGUUGGAAAGGAAACCCAAAAAGAAGUGAAGGAGGCCAGGAAGAUGGUUGGGAAGGAAGCCCAAAAAAGAAGCAAAGAAGGAGGCCAGGAAGGAGGUCAAGAAGAAAGCCAGGAUGGAGGCAAGAAGAUGGUUGGGAAGGAAGCCCAAAAAGAAGUGAAGAAGGGGGUCAGGAAGAAGGUCAAGAAGAAAGCCAGGAUGGAGGCCACAAAGAAAGCCAGGAAGAAGGCCAGGAAGAUGGUUGGGAAGGAACCCCAAAAAAGAAGUGAAAAAGGAGGCCAGGAAGGAGGCCAAGAAGAAAGCCAGGAUGGAGGCCACAAAGAAAGCCAGGAAGAAUGCCAGGAAGAUGGUUGGAAAGGAAGCCCAAAAAAGAAGCAAAGAAGGAGGCCAGGAAGGAGGUCAAGAAGAAAGCCAGGAUGGAGGCCAUGA